AUGCACGGUCAAAAUAGUAACUCUUACGACGAAUAUGGCAAUACUCAAACCAACUACACAGGCUUUCCACCAAGCUAUAUACCGCCAAAUAAUCCACCUUCUCACACUAGUCACUCAGAUUCCCCAUCACAACAACCAUCACAGCCCCAGUUGCUAGAACCCUUUCAGCAACAGCAACCUCUUGAGGAAUGGCAGGAAAGUCUUAGUCAGCACAAUUCUUUUGAACGUCGACAGCUCCAUCAGCCGCAAACAUUUAUCCAACAACAAGCCCCGUCUCAAUACCUAAUGCCACAACCAUCGUCAAAGCCCCUUCCAUAUUCAUUGCCUCCGAUCCAGUCGUCUCAAGUCCAAUCGAUGCCCCAAUCGCAGCCAUUUUCUCAAUUGCAAGACCCCAUUGGUCUCGAUGUCAUGAAUUUCUUCGAGACUCAAUCUCAAUCCUCAGUACAAAGUCAUCCACAGAUGCCCAUGGAUUUCUCCUCGGACUCAAUGCAAAACUUUGAGAUGUUGGCCAUGUAUGAAGUCGAAAAUCGUCGACAAUAUAUUAUGCCAAACUUAUUUGGAGCCCAGGCUUCGCUCCAGAAUGAUGCGUCGGGUCAAGACACAUAUCGGUUGUCUAGAUCACACUUAGGCAGUACCGACACUAUAGAAAUUGGCAGCAUAAGAGGUUUGGUAUCUGCUUUCCGAGAUCGUCUUCUUUCACGCAGCUACUUCGUUUUUCGUUGGAGCAGAGACCUGGAACGUACUCUCUCAACUCUUAUUUCGGAAGCUCUCGAUGACGUACAUACUGCCAUCGGCCAAAUGUGGCCCACGUUUUCUGAGUCUAACAUCAAACAGGCACAUUCGCUGUUGAUUAAAUUACAAAACCAAGAUCCUUCGCUGGCCAAGAGACCGUUUGAGGAUCUUCUCAAGAAUAGACUCACCCGGCUUCUUCCAUAUCUGGGCUGCGACUUGCAUCUAGUUUGUAGUAUUUGCGAAGACCUGAUGUUCAUAUACAACAAAAGAGUAUCCGGAAUCGCAGAUAGUAUUGGUAUCCAACCUUUAUUAAACCACAUCUACUCUACCGGAAAGAAAGUGAUACUUAUGUCUAGAGGCAGAGGCACCAACAAAGAUUGGGGUUCAGGAGAUCAAGGGAAAGUUUACAAGAAUUUUGGACAAGCUUCUAAGGGCAAUGACGAUCAAAUGUUGAGAACAGUGAUGGAAGACUUGUUGUACAAGGCAAAUGAUAUGGUUCUUAUAAGAAACAAUGGAUAUGGUACUGAACCUACAACACUGGAUGGUAUCUUGCUAGUAGAUAUCCAGACACGUAAGAAAAAACCGUCAGUCUCGUGUUCCACACUUCAGACGCAAUACAGAGUCGAUUCACAUACGACCCUGACAGAUAUUUUGACACGCGAAUUAGUAGAAGACGUCCUUUGGAAAUAUCAUCUUGGAAUUUGA